GGAAGCUGUUCCCGGGAGCUUGACUUUCUAGUUGGCCCGACCUGGGCUCGUCAGCGCCUACAGCUGGACUCGAACUCGGCUUCCGCUAGUCAGGGCACAAGUGAACUUCAAGCGGGCCGAGGCCUUUCCCAGAUCAUAUUUCUGUAUGGAAGACGUAGGCUCAACAAUUAUGAAAAAACAUCUUCCUCGAAAGCCAGCGUUUCUUGGAAACUCACUCAUGCCAUGCCCAGUCGAGAUGGCCAGGCUUGGGGCGACGAGCAAGCAUGCUCGAAGCCCAAAACAAUUUCUUCGUGAGAGAAUGAAUUAG